CUUCUUAAUGCAAUAUAUGAUAUUUGAAUCACAGAAGAACAUAAAUAAACAACAUUUUUUAUCAUGAACUCGAAUUGUCGUAUUUAAUGAUUUCAAAAUAAUAAUAUAUGUACCAGUUGUUUUUAUGACAUACUUUGCAUUUUCCAUUUUUUUUUAAGUGCUGGGCAAAUUGCUUUAAUAUGCCAAAUAUAUAUUUAAUGUUUCAGGAUAUUCGAUAAAUACUUUUAAAAAUUUUUAUUAAAAAUGAGUUCAACUAAUAAGUUAAAAGAGCAAUUAUCUACAAGACUUAAAAAGCCUAGUGGUAAAAUUCCUAAUGAAAGUAGUGAACCAUCUACUCAUACAUAUAUACGAUCACAUCAGCGUAACUUUUCGCUUCCCAUCAAUAAUGUUUUUAAGUCAACAUCUAUUUCAAAUAAUGAAAGUAUAGAUUUUACUUCUACUUCUUCCUUACAUGAUAAUAAUUGUGCAAUUCUUAAAAAUAAAUUGAACUCUAAUGAUUUUGAUGAUGAUUUAUCAUCUAAUAGUGACACAGGUAGCACGGGUACUUAUAUCAUAGAAAGAAAUUCUGUAAAUGACAACAGUAAAUCUGAUACAAUGCCUCAUUUUGAUACUGAUAAUGAAGAAUUCAAGAAAUCAAAUUCUAUGGUUAAAAAACUACGAUCUAGCUGGGUCAAUGAAUGGCAUUCUAAACUGAAUCAAAAUAAGAUAAAUACUUCUUCGGAAUUGAAUGUACCGAAAUCAGAUAUCAAACCUCCAAAAUCUCCAAAAUCAAACAGAUUUUCAAGAAAGUCAAAUAUACCAUUAUUGAAUUCAUCAAGUCUAAAAGAUUUAAGUGAUAAAAGUGUUAAAAACGCUAGCAGUGAUGAUGACACUAGAUCUAUCUUAAGAGAUGCUGAAAAUUGUAUGAACAUGAUGGAAGCUAAAGUAGAUAAAGCUAAUAAUUAUAAAAGUAUUCAAUCCAAUCGAACAUUUAAUUUGCGUCGAGAUAGAUUUUCAAAGCCAUCUGAAGAUUCUAAAAAAAAACAAGACUUAAAGACUGGUAAUGAUAAAUCUUGUUUAAGCAAAACGUCACAAAAUUUAAGUUCAUCAAUGUCAAGAGUAGAUUGUGGUCGCUUUAGUUUGAGAACAACAAAGGCAGUUCAACCAAAUUCUUCGCCUUUAUUAUCCACACGUAAAAAUUUGUCAACAAAAAAAAAAUGGAAUUCUAGUAUACUUAGUAAUAAAAAUGUUCCUCUAAAUAAAGAAACUGAAUUAGAAAAUUGGAAACGACGUAAAAAUUAUGAUCCUAUGAAAGCAGCUGCUGAAGGCAAAAAGAAGGAAUUGCAAAAAGCUACAUUUUCUAAAGGAGCAAUUAGCUCUUAUAACACUGGAAAUCCAGUUUUGAGGUCUGCAUCUUUUCACGGACGUGACAUGUUUUUACAAGAUGAUGAAGAUGAUGAUGAUAGUGACUUAUGGGAUCAAAAUAGUCUUAACCACUAUGAACCUGUUGGUGAUUGGCAUAUGUUUCCACAACCCCCUGCGACAUCAAGAGAUCAUUCUCCAUCACAAAGAAAAAAUGAAAAUAUGCUCUCUUCUUCAGCAAAUGCAUCUUUAGCUACAUUGCCUACUCGAAUACUGGAGAAAAAUGGUUCAUUUUCCACUUUUUAUAGCUCUACAAGUUCCUCUCUUGAUGUUAGUUCUAUGCAUGAUGCAUUAUAUGAUAGCAAAGAUACAUCUAAUUUAGUUCAAUUAUCGUACAAGGCAAAAAAACGUGGAAUUGAACUUAUGAAACGAAUUAGAAAUGAAUUACCUGAAUAUGAUGAUGAAGAAUUAGAAAGAGGAAUUAAAAAUAUUGAUUUAAAUGAGGAUCUAUACCGUGUACCAAUGGACUCGUGGGAAAUGUGUGUUACGGCGACCAAUGUUAAUUGUGUUAACAAAAUAUUCCAAAUUCUUGAAGAAGUUUUGUUUAAAGAUGUUGGAUGCAGAGACAAUGAAUUGGACAACUAGUUACUGUAUCUGGCAUGUUAUAUUAUUGUUUUUAUUUAAUUUGAUUAAGUUUCUAAAAUGCCAAAUUAUUGUGUGAUACCAAAAAUAAAUUUAAUAUUUAUAUAAUUUAAA